ACCGUCAAGAAAAAAGAAAACGUCAAAUUACUACUGGGUCUACUGUGCAGGCUGAAUUUUCAGAGUAGAAGUCGUCGAACGCGCAAUUUCUCUGAUCUAUCUCAAUUCUCAGACUCUUCUCUCUACUUCAAGGUAAUGGGGACGCCGGCACUUCCAAACCUGGGAAAGCACUGCUCCGUCGACGAUUGCCGGCAGAUUGAUUUCCUGCCGUUCACCUGCGAUUGCUGUCAGAAGGUCUUUUGUCUAGAGCAUCGAAGCUACUUGAGGCAUCACUGUCCAAAGGCCAAUAAAAACGAUGUUACGGUAGUUGUCUGUCCACUAUGUGCUAAAGGUGUUCACUUAAUUCCCGAUGAAGACCCGAAUGUGACCUGGGAGUCGCAUGUGAACAUUGAUUGUGAUCCGUCAAACUAUGAAACAUCCACGAAGAAGAGGAAGUGUCCUGUGCCUGGUUGCAAAGAACUCCUGACAUUCUCAAACACAAUUAAGUGUCGAGAGUGUAAUCUAGAUCACUGUUUGAAGCACCGGUUUGGACCCGAUCACAAAUGUCCUGGACCUAGGAAACCCGAAACGUCUUUCCCAUUCAUGGGUUAUUUGAGUAAGAGUAGAAAGGACGAGACGAAGCAUGCUCCCGCUACUUCUUCCUCGAGCUGGACCGCCACUUUCCUCGGGGCAACAUCUUCUGUUCGGGCAAAAGCUGGAGCCGGAAUGGCAAAACUGAGCACCGAGUUCAAUCAAGCACUGCAGAAAGGAAAAGACCGGGGCAGCCUUAACAGCAGGGCCACAAGACAAGCUGGGAAUGCGAGUGGAAAUGUAGAACAAUGCCCACAGUGCAACACGCGAUUCUCCUCGGUUGUGGACCUCGUGGAUCAUGUGCAGAACGUCCACGAAAGGAAGAGCGUUACGAAUUUGGCAGUUGACAUCUGCCCGAGAUGCAGUAAAGGCUUUCACGACCCAGUUUCCCUCGUGGAACAUGUCGAAAGGGAGCACAGGAACUUCACAAGCGUAUAGAGAACUCGAAGUUCAUAACAUGAUACAAAAUCCAAAAUGUCAUAUUUUCAACAUUUGUUUUUUUGACACAACUACACAUUUGUUCAAUUUUUGAGGGGUCUUUUCUUUAUAUAUGUGCCCAUUUGUUUUCAGUUUUUGUGUGUUCACUUAAGUAGCUAUUAUGGUCUCUCUUAAUAUAAACAGACAUCUACUGGCUUCUGGAAAUCUACAUGCUUACAUGGUGAAAGAUCAUAUAUUGGUUG